UCCUAACCCUAACUCUAACCCUAGCCCUAACGCUUCAACUACAAUCCUAACUCUGGUUAUAGCCACCCCAAUUUCCCAAAUUGACCACACCACACAAUCUGUCUCAAAACAAAUACUAUUCCCUUUACCAUCUACAGUCUCCUUUUAUUUCUCUUUCUUCAAGCCUAUUCGAAUUCUCUGAAGGUGAUCUAGGGUUUUGGAAGGUCGUGAACACCCACCCACAAAGCCCAGCUAGGUCUUUUGGUUUAACCCUUUUUACCAGUAUGGAAAGUUUUGGAGGUUUUGGAUUCAGUGAUCUCAGCAGAACAGUGAGGAAGAAGAGGAGCAAUUCAUCUAGGCGUCCUCGGAAUGAUUCUCAGCUUUUACCAGAUUACCGUGAUACUUCAUCAUUGUCAUCUACGCCACCUUCAGAGAAUGCGAGCAAAGCAUCAAGUGAUGAAAAUAUGGGCCAUGGUACAAAUUAUAGGAUGAAAGAACUUAAUUUAAAUCAAUGCAGUUCAAGGGCUUCUCCUAUUAAUCUCAAUGAAGCUGAAACUUCCCUGAAGAGAAAAAAUGAAAUUGGAGGAUUUGGGGAGUCUUGUGAAGCUCGUGUCAUGGACAGUAGUGAGCAGAGGCAUAGUGGUAUUCAUUCCAAAAUGUAUAGUGAAGGUGUCCUUUCCACAGCUAAUUGGAAAAGCUCUAGCAAGGUGAUGGAAAGUCUUCAAUCGAAGCCAAGAACUAGAGAUACCCAAAUAAGUGGUAGCCAAUGUUUCAAGCAGUCAGAAGCAGUGACAGAUGUACUGGGGAAUGACAAUAAACUGAAGAAAGUAAAGCUUAAGGUUGGUGGUGUCAUACGAACAAUACAUCCUACAUCCACAACUGAUGGUGCCUCGGUGGGUGGGUCUUCUUCUACUUUGUCAUCUCGCUCUUCAGAUGCCCCUCGUCCACGAAAGAAGUUAAUUCUUCAGGAUAAUUCGGAUGAAGAUCAUUCCCCUUCUCAAGACAAGGGAAAUGGCCCGCAAGGAGUCCAAUGGAAGGAUUUCUCUAGAAGUGAUUUUAAUGUUAAGAAAACGGAUUCUUCAAGGGCAAAGAUGUCUAAGGAAAGUGUCUCUCUCAAGCAGUCUGAGAAGUAUGAGCCAGUUCGUAAGAGCAAGCGUGUUCCUAAAAGACGGUUGUUAGAUGGAGGAUUUGAUGAUGGAGAUGAUGACGACGACGAGGAGAUCCGAUACCUUGAAAAGCUCAAAACUUCCAAAGUUGCUUCUGAUUAUGGUGCAGAAUUCGAAGAUGAAGAUGAAGCAGGAAGCAGGAAGCAACGGAAGAUCUCAAGGGUAAUGAAGAGAAAUGUCGGUGGGUACAAUGUCAAUGCAAUAGAUUAUGGCUCAAAAAGAUCUGGCAAAGAGGGUAAAAUGUCCAGAUCAGGGAGAACAAAUGAAGAUACUGAUUACUUGGAAGAUGAAGAGCCAGUGUCUGAUGGUGAGCCUGAAAUUAAGAGGAAGAAACAAAGAAAGGAGUUUGUGGAUGUGUCAGGGGAUUCUAAGAAGGAAAUGGCUGUCACUACACGCCAACGGGCCCUUCAAUCUGGCAAAGAUAUCUCUUUCAAUUCUGGGACAAGUUUGAUUGAGUUCCCGAAUGGAUUACCCCCUGCUCCACCUCGAAAACAAAAGGAGAUACUCUCUGAAGUGGACCAGCAAUUGAAGAAAGCCGAGGCUGCUCAAAGGCGUAAGAUGCAAGUGGAGAAGGCAGCUCGGGAAUCUGAGGCCGAAGCAAUUAGAAAAAUAUUGGGCCAAGAUUCCAGUAGGAAGAAGCGGGAGGAUAAAAUUAAGAAGCGACAAGAGGAAUUAGCACAGGAGAGGGCUGCCAAUGCCAUGACAUUUACAUCAAACACUGUCAGGUGGGUAAUGGGUCCCAGCGGGACAGUUGUGACAUUCCCCAUUGAGUUGGGCCUGCCAAGUAUAUUUGAUCCCAAGCCUUGCAGUUACCCUCCCCCGCGUGAAAAAUGUGCUGGUCCAUCUUGUACAAAUCCAUACAAGUAUCGUGAUUCAAAGUCAAAGCUUCCUCUGUGCAGCCUCCAGUGCUACAAGGCAAUACAUGAAAAUAUACAGCCUCUGACAGCCUGUUGAUCAAGUAACGUGCCCCUGCAGCUGUGCUGUUAAUAUGUGAAUAAUUCUGCAUGGUCAUGUUACGGAAUCUCUUGUAAUAAUAACUGUUGAUCUAGUUUCUGAGCUGUAAGCUGGAUGGAUGGAUUUCUUAAUCUGUAUCUGUAAAAUAAAAGGCGUCUAUCUUGCUGCAA